GAGUCGGAGAAGCCGACAGCCUCAUAUCAAAAACAAGCAGCUAAGUUGCGCUAGCUAGCUCCCCGUUAGACAGUUGGCCCGCAGCCGGCGGAUCGUCACUUCAACUUUUUGGAAGCAACUUUUACAACAACACGAGUUGCUCAAUUUAGUCGGACAGACCAACUUUCUCUCCAGAAGUCAUGGCGUGUGGAGCCACCCUGAAGAGGACCAUGGAUUUCGAUCCGCUGAUGAGUCCUACGUCCCCGAAAAGACGAAGAUGCAUCCCCGUGUCCCCAUCGUCCUCAUCUUCAUCCCCUAGGAAGUAUCUUAGCAUGGAGCCCUCGCCAUUUGGAGAGUCGUCGUCAACACUUAGUGCAGAACAAAUCCUCAACAGCAUCAAGCAGGAGUACAAACGCAUUCAAAAGAGGAAGCAUCUAGAUGGAGGCUACCAACAGUCCGAGUGCUGCUAUUCUCCAGAAUCCCCGUCCCAGUCGUCUACUAUGAAUGUUUCCAGCAUGCCAGGAACAUCUUCUGGAGGCGUCUCUCCCACUAGAAAAGAACAGCCAUUAUUCACUCUCAGACAAGUUGGAAUGAUCUGUGAACGUCUGCUGAAAGAAAGGGAAGAGAAGGUGCGGGAGGAAUAUGAGGAGACCAUGACCUCGAAACUGGCAGAACAAUAUGACACCUUUGUGAAGUUCACACACGAUCAGUUAAUGCGACGAUUCGGGGAGCAACCAGCAAGCUAUGUUUCCUGAGUGUGGCACAGAAAUCUUUGCAAGACGGCCUUCUCUUGCUGCAAGCUGUCAUGUGAUAUCUCAAGAAAGGAGAGAAAAAAAGCUAAUCAUUGUAAGAGAUUCAGUUUAGCGAAUUUAAAUGAAACUUUUCUUACUGUGCCAUAUUUCUGUCUUUGGGCAAAGGUUUAUAUGGAGCUUCGUCAGUUGUUACCACUCUGUUGUAAGCAACUAGGUGCUUCCUAAUGUAAAUUAAUGGACCCUAUCUCUACCAGUGGCCUAUGUUCCUCCUGCUGUACGUGUAAUCUACAGUUAUCUCACUUUUGUAAUGAUUCCCAGCAUUCCAGGCUUUGUCACUUGUUUUCUUGUUUGUUACAUGUAAAUAUGAUAAAGCAGCGCAGAGUUUUACUUAAAGUUUGCUGGUCAAUCUGAGAGGAAGUAGAAGAAACACAGCUGAACGGAGAGAAUACGUUUGCAGUUUUUCCUCAGUUCAGUGCUUUUAAAUUGAGCAGAAAGUAAUUAGAUUUUUUUUUGUUUUUUCCCUCCCUACCAGUGUUUUUAUUUAUUUUGACUUUUAUUUUGCUGGUAACUUUGAAACCAAUGUAUCUUAUUGGACAAAACAAUAAAAAUCUUUUAAGAAUUGAAA